UCGAGCUCCGAGUGGGUCCAUAUUCACUCUCCAACUCGAUGCCCACUACGUGUUUGAAGAAAUGUCUGAACAGAUUCGAAUUUGUUCUGUUCAAUGCAAGAUAUGGUAUGGAAAAAUUUAGUUUGAAAAGUGAGGGAAAUUUAUUUUGGGAUUUGCUUUUGUAGAAGCCCUUUGGAAAGAAAAAAGUCAGAUUGUUCAUUAUAAAUAAUAUUCCAACAGGCGGUGUUUUGCGAUUGACUCAUGUAUAUUAGCACCAGGAGCAUGGGAGUCUUGCUAGUUUUCUUUUCUAUUUCUUUUAUUAAUGGAAAAGGCAAGUCAAGUCAAGAAGCACCUAUAUAGGAUGGUUCUGUGCACCUUAUGCAAAAUGCUGCUUUUUGUUAAAUUAGUUGGUGGAGUAUAUGCUUAUCGACUCGGAGCAUCAUAAAUGAUCUUGGUUUUCAUUUCUAUUUCUUUAUUAGUACAAAGUGAUAUCCACAUGAGAGAUAAAGUUGCAACCCAACCAGACACUAAGCAUUCUGAGGAAGCACAUCAACCUUCAUCUCCUCUAAGGGCUGCUUCUUCAAAUCUGAAAGGGAAUUAUGACGUCUUCCUGAGUUUUAGAGGUAUGGACAUCCGAAAGAGCUUCCUCAGUCAUCUCUAUGCGGCUCUUGAUCAAAAAGGAAUCUACACUUACGUUGAUAGUGAGGAUCUUCAGAAAGGCGACUAUAUAAAGCCGACACUUAUGAAGGCGAUUGAGCACUCACGUAUCGCAAUCGUCAUUUUCUCCGAGAAUUAUGCUUCCUCGUUGUGGUGUUUGGAAGAGGUGGCGAAAAUCAUGGAGUGCAAGAAGCAAAGAGACCUCGUGGUCUUUCCAGUGUUCUACAAAGUGGAUCCUAGAGAAGUGAGAACACCAAGAAAGAGCUACCGAAAAGCUAUGGUUAAGCAUGAGAGAAAGUUUGGGAGAGAUUCGGAGAAAGUGAAGAGAUGGAAAAAGGCUCUCUUUGAUGUGGGUAGCUUAUCCGGGUGGGAUUUGAAGGAUAAGUAAGUACUAAGUAGUGAUUGAUGUGACACUGCUUUGUUUUUUCUUUUUUAUAUGCUGAAUCUCUUCUUCUUUUUCCAUGAAAGUUAAUUAUCUUUGGAAAUUGAUGUAUCAAGUACCUUUCUGGAUUUUGUCAGAGAUGAAGCAGAUCUUAUCAAGAGAAUUGUGCAGGAGAUCUCUAUGCAACUAGACCAAACACCCUUACAUGUUGCCAAGCAUCCGGUUGGAAUAUAUCGACAAGUGGUAAAGCUGGAAUCU